AUGUUGGCGGUUGGUGGACCUUACUGCCGAAGCGUAGCAGCUUCGGGCGCCAAGUUGGUCUCCGCGCACCGUGCCUGUGCCAUGAGGUGUAGGAAACUUGAGCAGCAGCAUAUGGGUGGAGAUGAAGACCUUCAUUUGGGCCAUGGCGGGGCGGCCGAGGAUGACGUUGUAGGCUGUGGGGCAGUCGAUAAUGAGGAAGGGAGUAGUGAUUGUCCUCCGCUGGGGUGCCGAUCCAAUAGAGAUUGGGAGAUGAAUGCUUCCAAUGGGCUGGACCACCUCACAGAAGGUAAUGGGACCCCAGCCUGA